AUGACUCACCUCUUUAGAGUGAGCACCGGUUCGGCUAGAGGUUCGGUGGGAUUGGUCGAGCUGGGCGUGGAUCCGUGGUCGAGCUGGGCGUGGAUCACCUCUUUAGAAAACUCUUUUCUCUUACUGGUUGAACAAAAAUGGAGAGCCGUUCUUUUCUUUUGUACGUUAAUAUUUGCGCUUUCUUGGAUCAUCUUUGCAGUGCUCUACUAUUUGAUUCUUUUGAUUAUGAAUGGGAAAGCGGUGCCCGAUCCGACGACCGCGUGCGGAGUCAGCGGUACUCCCUGUGGUGUCGACGCAAAUGGAACAGUAGAUGAUCCAAACACAAGAACAUGCAUCGCCAAUGUGGACACACUGCUGGAUGCUCUAUUAUUUAGCAUUGAGACACAGCACACAAUUGGUUAUGGAUACAGAUACAUCACAACAGGCUGUUGGCCUGGCUAUCUUUUAUGGAUGAUUCAGUUGAUUGUUGGCUACUUUCUGCAAACAGUUCUUGUUUGUGUGAUCGUCGCAAAAGUGGUCCGUCCAAAGAAGAGAAGAGAGGAAAUCCGCUUCUCGAAAAGAGCCGUCAUUGGUGAGUUGGAUGACGAUGAUUGUCGGCCAACUCUAAUGAUACGCAUGGCCGAUAUUCAACAGGGUCUCAAUCUCACAGAAACGCACGUCAAACUCUACAUGGCCACAUGGAAAACGAACAAGAACGGAUGCCGCGUGUUGAUCGGUCUCCGAGAUAUGGAUGUCGGCUAUGAUCAUGGAUGGGAUCGAGUGCUUCUCCUCUGGCCAAUCACCAUUCGGCACAUUGUUGACGAAAAAAGUCCCUUAUAUGGACUCGAUGAGAAAAGUUUACAAACGAAUGACUUCGAGCUGAUUUUGACAUUAGAUUCGGGUGUGGAGGCCACCGGAAUGACCUUCCAGGCAAGGACUUCUUUUGUCGCUGAUGAGAUCGAUUGGGGAUACAAUUUCUCUCCAAUGGUUCGAAUGAACGAAAAGAAAAAUAAAUGGGAAAUCGACUACGAUCUUUUCGAUCAGGUGGAAAGUUGUGGACAACUCGAAAUCGCCUCUCGAUCUUUGCCACCAGAAAAGUAUCAAACAAAAAAUCUCAUCGAUGGGCCCAAUGUUUUACUGAAAAGAUCUGGCUUUGUU